AUGAGCGACGGGACAGAAGUGACCGAGAUCCGUGCGGCAGCCAUGUCCACGUACCAGGACAACGCCGACUUUGAGUUUUCCCGAGUGAAACAGGAUGUGUAUGACCGAAGACAUUUGGGGCCCAAGAUGGCGGAAGACCAAGUUGAGUUGGAGUCUCAGAUCAGCAAGUACUACCAUUUGGAGGAGUUGGCGGCCUUCUUACGGGGCACGGCCACACAUAAGGGGUACAAGAACGUGACCCUCCAGUUUCCAGAUCUGUUGGUUUGUGAUAGUGCCACUGUUGUCCAUGAGAUCCAGAGAAGAUUGAAAGAGGUGAAGCAAGAGAAGGAAGUGGACAAUGAGAGCUGUCAGAAAGAGGGCUGCAAGGAAGAGAGCUCCCAGAAGGAGUGCUGUAAGGAAGUGAGCUCCCAGAAAGGGUGCUGUCAGACUGGAAAAGCCUGUUGUGAUGCCACAAAGACAUCCGGAACCCGUUCCGAUGAUGGACAAAAGGUGUGGAUUCUCGCUGAUACUUCGUACUCUCCAUGUUGUGUGGAUGAAGUUGCCGCUGAGCAUGUCCAUAGUGAUCUUGUAGUUCAUUUUGGAGACGCUUGUCUCAACACGGUUGCCAAACUCCCCGUGGCUUAUGUGUUGGGGACCCCUCAUCUUGACAUAGACAAAGUUGUAACCCUUGUCAAGGAGCAAUACUCCGUUGAAGAUCAAAUCCUUCUUAUGGCUGACGCCACCCAUACUCCAUACCUCAAGAACAUCCAUGCGGAAUUGGUGGCGUCUGGGUACAACAAUUGUGCGUACGCUGACCUUUUCACGCCGUCUGUAGGACUGGAGAUCAUUGGAUACACUCCUACAAGUGAAGGAGCCUUUCCCCUUGAUGAAUUAAAUAGACAAUUUGUAGCUCUGACAGCACCUUCAUCUCUUUCUGAAUGGAACCUUUUCCAUAUUUCGCAGCCAGCAGCUCCACGUCUUCUUCAACUCACCACCAAAUUCCAAUCGGUUGUUGUUUAUGACACUGCCGAUGAAAAGAUAAGUACCACCAUGCAGCCCAACCUCAUGAGAAGGUACAGGUUUGUCAACGUGGCACGUACUGCCGGAACCGUGGGACUUUUGGUCAACACACUUUCCCUUGCCAACACCAAGACUCUUCUCAAUAAACUCAUCCAACGAAUCAAGGACGCCGGGAAGAAACAUUAUGUGUUUGUCGUGGGGAAGCCCAACGUGGCCAAAUUGGCCAAUUUUGAAAAUAUCGAUGUUUGGUGUGUCCUUGGUUGUGACCACCAGGGGAUCAUUCUUGACCAGACCAACGAGUAUUUCAAACCAAUUGUGACUCCUAGCGAGUUGUUGUUGUCCUUGAGCGAUGAGUUGACAUGGACAGGUGAAUGGGUGACCAAUUUCAAAGAAGUGAUCAAGAGAAUGGAAGAGGAGGAUGGGAACCAAGACACUCAUGAGGAAGAGUCUCAAGAUCCUUACGAUUCGGAUGAAGCUCCAGAGUUCGAUCCCGUGACCGGGAAAUAUGUGAGCACUUCAAGACCAUUGAGAAGAUUACAACAUCUACAAGUGACGGCUGAAGAAGAACAGGCCUCGGCCUCGGCCCAGGGUCUGGCCCUGGCCCUGGCCCUGGAAGCACUGGACUCUGGCAGUUUGGUCAAACGGUUUUCCAACACCGUGGCCAUCAAGAACACCGUUUCGACCUCUGCUAUCCACUUGCAAACUCGUACAUGGACCGGUCUUGGGAGUGAUUUCCAAGAGGAAGGUGUAGAUGAAGAGGGUGCAUUGGUUGAAGAGGGCCGUGGAGGGGUUGCCAGAGGGUACGAUUUUGAUAGAGAAGCGCAUAAAUAG